AUGCCAUCUGAAAACGAAAUUGAUACUAGCGAUAAAGUUACACACCUCGAGUUCGUAGGAGACAAGGUCACCCUUUUGGAAAAAUUUUUAGAGUCGGCAUGUAAGAAACAGAAAACAUCUUAUAGUUCAAGCCUAAAAAGCCUCAAAAUUACAGAUUAUUCUGAACUCUCGGAUAACAAAGUUCUAAGUAUACUACGCUCAUACCCAAAUAUAACCGGUCUAAAUUUCGAACAAAGUAGAAGUUUUACUGAUGUGUCACUUAUAGAAAUAGCCCGAUCAUACCCCAACUUAGAAUCUCUCAAUGUCUGCGGUAACCAAGAUAUAACUGUGCAGGAUUUAUGGUCAACUUAUGCAAAUCUCGAAGAUAUUGUACAAUACUGCGAAGACAAGAUUAAAGACGAACAUUAUCAAAAAUCAAUUAUAGAAUUGGAGCGGGAUAUGAGAGGUACAGCUGAAAGACUCGGUUUGAUGGUACGUAUGUAUGGUCUUAAAGAGAAAAUUAAUUAUCAGCCUACAAAUCCGGAAUAUAACACUAAUUAUGCUAUUACUGAGUUUGUCCCACGCGAGAUAAAAUACAGAGGUAAAGAACCCUUAUCCUCACACAUGAAAUUCCAAACACCACGAAGCGAGUUCCAUCAAAAAUUACGUAAAAAUGAUUUCUUUCCCUAA